AUGCCUAUCCGCUGGACAGCACUCGCUGACCAGACGCUUCUGCUGAAAAUCUUGGAGACCCAAGAUCUAACCGUCGACCACGCCAAGGUCGCGGCCGCAUGGCCCGGUCCACCUGAGAACCAGCCCACUGCCCGUGCAAUCAAAGAGCGCAUUGCCAAAAUCAAGGAGAUCUCAAGAGACCCAUCUUCCGCCGGCCUCGGACAGUCCAGUCCUUCUCCGCGCAAAGGCCGCAAGCCGGCCGCCAAGUCUACGGCUGCCAAGUCUACAGCCGCAAAGAAGACCGGCGGUAAGCGCAAGCGCAAGCCUUCUCCCAGCCCCGAGAUCGAAAGUGACGAAGGUGCAUCCGACAUAGCCUCACACAUAGACGACCCUGCCGUCGCUCCAGAUACCCAGGAUCCCGAGAGCCCUGUCAUGCUGGCAAAAGUCAUCCUCAAGACUGAGAACAGCCCCGACGAUGAUGACUUCGAGCGUGUUAUGCACUCCAGUGAGGAGUGCUAA